UAAAGGCUAAGAGCAUCCCUGCUCACCGCACCCUUCCUUCACUGCUGCCUGUCAGUCAGAACGCAGGUCUGUUCCGUUUUCACUGAAGGUCUCUUAAGGUCCUGUUUUUUUCUCCUGGCAAAUAAAAAGGCACUGACUGGUCUAUGGAAAGAGCGAGAAGGUUUUCGCCGAGCGCAGACAUGGGCCGCAGCUGUUUCGCUGGGAAUCCGUCGCUGCCUUAGCUAACUGCUCCCACACGACAUCAUGGCCAAACAGUAUGAUGUGCUCUUCAGACUGCUGCUGCUGGGGGACUCUGGUGUGGGCAAAACCUGCCUCUUAUGCAGAUUUACGGACAAUGAGUUUCAUCCUUCGCACAUUUCCACCAUCGGGGUGGACUUUAAAAUGAAGACAUUAGAGAUAGACGGCAUUAAAGUGAGAAUACAGAUAUGGGACACAGCAGGUCAGGAGAGAUAUCAGACCAUCACUAAGCAGUACUACAGACGAGCACAGGGAAUCUUUCUGGUGUAUGACAUCACGAGUGAACGCUCCUUUCAGCACAUCAUGAAAUGGGCCAGUGAUGUAGAUGAGUAUGCUCCUGACAAAGUCCAGAAGAUUCUUGUUGGGAAUAAAUCUGACGAGGAACAAAAGAGGCAAGUGGCCACAGCGCAGGGCAACAAGCUUGCUAAAGCCUAUGGAAUGGACUUUUUUGAGACAAGUGCCUUUACCAAUCACAACAUUACAGAGUCUUUUACCCGAUUGGCUGAGCUGGUUUUGCAAGCCAAUAAAAAGGACCUUGAUGUCCUGCGGGUGUCCAUCAACGACAAGCUCAAUCUUGCAGCCCUUGAAGAGGAGGAGGGCGUGUGUGACAGCAGCAGCGACGCCCAGAAGACCUGCUGGUGCUGAGGACUGGACUGGACUAGAUGUCGCGCCAGCACAUUUUCUUUUCAAACUGACCUUGUGUUCCUGUUGAACGUUUUGUUCCAGUGCCACCACUGCUGAAUUUCAUUGUUAGGCUGAGUUUGGUGCCUUCCUGUUCAUCACUUCUGUAAUGAAUGAAGACAGAGUCGUAGGCCUCUGAGGUCGUGCCUCGUUCUGUUGUCGGCAGCCUGCCAAAAUAGGGACUCUGUCUAAGCUAUUACUGUCAAUGGGAAAAAUGAAAGGCAUUUUUGAAAAUCAACACUAUCACACCCUGUGGUAAACAUACAGUAUUAAAAGCUAUUACAUUUUGUCCUAUGUACAUUUUUCCUCUUUCUAUCAUUGAAGUCUUUAAGUAUUUGAAAUGUGAAUAUAACUACAUGCAUGCAUCACGCAAGCAACAUUCAUGCGUGUUUAAUUGACGCUGCUCGUGUGCAGUUGUGUGGAGAAAUUGAUCACUAUAGUGUAACACCUGCUACUAAAAUUGUAGGCUACUACUGCCACAGUGACUUUUCCACUGAUUUGUCAAAAUUUCUGCAUGAUUACGUCAUCCAGAGUGCUUUGAUGUGUGAUGCUCCGUUCUUGAGAAACGUACCGAGUCAGAAUUGUUUACAGUGGUAGGAACCAGACAUGAAGUCUAAGUGUAGAAGUGUAAAUGCCUCUAAAUGUUACCUCACAGAAAUGUAUUACAGAAAGUAGUUACAAAUAUGCUGCCUGAAGCCUGAGACAUUGUUUUAUGGUAGUUUUGAGAAUGACAUUUUGCCCUAAAAAACAUAUUUUCUGAAUCUGUUCA